CUCCUGCUAUAAAUAGAACACUACUCAAAAUCUAAUCAGCCACAGCAACCAAUCCAACCUUGAGAAACCUGAAAUUGAUUUCAUUGACAAACGCACAGAAAUGAGUUUUCUUGCAGGAGGAAGAUUAGCGGGAAAAGAGGGAGCAUUUUUUUUCCAGGAAUCCAAACAAGCUGUAAACAAAAUUGUAGAGAAAACCACCACCAACACCAAGAAUGUGGCUUCACCAGCUUCUUCUUCACCGUCAUUGGGUGAGCGGGAAUUCAAAGCUGAUGUGCUUCCCGAGGUGUUAAGACACUGUCUGCCAUCCAAGAUUUUCGGUCGACCGUCUGAUCCAUCAUCUCUCUCCACAGGUUCCAAGUGGGUUCUACCCAUUGACCCAAAUGCCUCCUCUGUCUCACCUGAUGCUUUGAAUCCUCUCAGGGCUUACCUUUCUUUGCCCCAGGUCACCUUUGGCCCCAAAAGGUGGGAAUUGCCCAGUCAAGAGCACUCAUUUUUGGCUUCAACAGCUAAUGAAUUAAGGCGGGACAGAUAUACACCUCAUGUAAACCCUGAGAAGUUAAAGGCCGCGGCUGAAGGACUUCAUCAAAUUGGCAAGGCCUUUGCAGUUGCAACUGUGAUUAUAUUUGGAGGGGCUACUGCUAUUUUUGGGAUGGCAGCAUCCAAGCUUGAUGCACACAAUACUGAUGAACUCCGUACGAAAGCAAGAGACUUGGUUCAGCCAAAAUUUGACAUAAUUAGGGAGCAACUGACUCCCAUAAAAACUUGGGCAGAAAACACACAAAAGAAAUGGCAUUUGGAAAACCAGGAAGAUUUUAAGGAGAAGCCUAUUAUAAAGGAGCUUUCUAGAAUUUUGGGUGCAAAAAACACUUAGUUGAUUCAUGAUUUGUAUUGUCAUGGAAUUUUUCUGUUUUCUUGUACUUAAAUAGGGUAAAGAAAAUAAGCAAUUGCGCUGGUGACUGGCUGGAAAUUCUGAUA